UUCGCGCUAACUGGAAGCAAGAUGGCGGUGGUAGUGCGGAGCUUGCAAGACCAGCUCGAAAAAGCAAAACAAAGCCUGAAAAGUGUGGACGAUAAUAUUCGUAAAUUAACUGGACGUGACCCUAAUGAAUCAAGACCGGGUCAGAUCCGUCGGAUGAGCGGCCCCAUGGCAGGCCCUGGUGGAGGUAGAGGCAGAGGGAUGAACCUGCUCAGGCGUAGUCUCUCAGACAUGGGAAGCAGCGCCCCCCCCGCCAAGCAGAGGGACAUCGAAGGAGCCCUGCUCAGGUUGGCGGGGGACCAGAGGGCCAGGAGAGACGCGCGCCACGACAGCGACGCCGAGGAUGAUGACGAUGUCAAAAAGCCGGCGUUGCAGUCGUCUGUUGUAGCUACCUCCAAGGAGAGAACACGCCGAGACCUCAUCCAAGAUCAGACCAUCGAUGAGAGGGGCAAACAGAGGAAUCGGCGUAUGUUCGGCCUACUCAUGGGGACCCUGCAAAAAUUCAAACAGGAGUCAAACGUCUCAACAGAUAAGCUAAAGCGGCGCACAGAGAUCGAGCAGAAGCUCGAGGUUCAGGCAGAGACUGAGAAAAAGAAGGUGGAGACUGAUAAGAGGGAGCUCUUCGAGGAGAGGAGAGCCAAACAGACUGAGCUGAGACUGCUGGAGCAGAAAGUGGAAUUAGCUCAGCUGCAAGAGGAGUGGACCAGCCACAACAACCAUCUGGUGAAAUACAUCCGCACCAAGACCAAGCCUAACAUCUUUUAUGCGCCUGGGAAAAUGUGCUCCGCCACACAGAAACUCCUCGACGAGUCCACCAAGAAACUCAAUGCUGUGUUUGAUGAGAGGCGCGAGGCUUUUGCCGAGCACCUCAGUAAGAUGGAGUCCCGCCCCCGGCGACAGCCAAACCGCGACCAGGACGGCAACACCGCGGCAACGGGAAUGGACCGCCCGGCGGAGGGUAAGCCAGCAGGUCAGGUAGUCAAGGUGACAGGUAACAGGGGGGAUGCAGAGAUGGAGGAAGACGAGGAGGAGGAUGAGGAGAUGGAGGAGAGGGAAAAGGAAGGGGCUAAAAAGGAGAUUAAUAUGGAGGAGGGGGAGAAGGAAGUGUUGCAGAAGGUUGAGGAAGAGGUAGAGGGGAUGGAGUUGAGUGAGGAGGUUAGGAAAGUGGAUGAGGAGAAGGAAGGAGAGGGGGGGGUUAAAGCUGUAGAGGAGAAGGAGGCAAGCCCAGGGUCAGAGGAGAUGGAGGGAGAGGGGGAGGGAGAGAAACAGAAAGAGGACAGGACUAUGGUAGACGAGGGGGAUGCAGAGAAGAAUCUCCCAGAGAUCCAGAAUGAAAAGCCCCAGGAGACCCCGUCCUCCGAACCAAGCGCACCCAGCCAAGCAGCAGACAGCGGGCCCCAGCCCCCCCCCAUCCUCCCUGCGGGGGAGCUAGCAGAAAAGCCCUCCGAGAUCCCAGAACCCCAAAAAGCCUCCGUGGCUCCCGAACAGGAAGUGAGCCCGCCUGGCCUCGUGCUGCAGAACUCAGCCGCUGAGAGCCACGCUGCGGAGGGGAAACCGGAGGAGGCUCCCCAAAAACCAGCCGAGGCCCCCGCCAUCACCCCCUCACCCGCAAAGAAGGGAGAGGAGGGCGGGAGAGGCAGGAAGAAGGCAAAGGAGCCAAAGAAGAGCCGCAACACCUCCUCUUCGUCCUCGGGCUCCUCCUCCAGCGGGAGCUCGUCCUCUUCCUCCGGGUCCAGCCACUCCUCGUCUUCCUCCUCUUCUUCGUCCGCGUCGUCAAAGAGUCGCAGCCGAGACCCCAGCAAGCGCAAGAGGAGGCCGUCGGAGAGGGCGAGGGACAGGAAGAAAGGGGAGGAGAGGAGUCAGCGCAAGAGAGGGGGGAGCAGCGGAGGAGGGAGGGACUCAAAGGCGUCCAAGGAGAAGAAGAAGAGGAGGAGCGAUGAAGGGAGGGGCAGGUCCUCCCGCGGCGAUAGGGAGCAUAAAGAUAGAGACAGGAAGGACAAGAGACGCUAAUCUGCUUCUCGUUCAGCUGUACGGUGACGCUGGCACACUGAGGGGAAAUCAACUUCACUUAACUACAUAACGUUUUUAAACUAGCAUUUUCCCUUAAAAUGCCACUUAAAGGCCUGGAGGAUUUUUCUCCAGAGUAGGGAUUUAAAAGUUGAUAGAAAUGGAGGAUAAGUGGUUAUAAUUUCCCUUUUUUAUAUUUGGCAAAAGAAGUGUACCUGAUUGGACGCCUUGCUAAACAGGGUCAGAUUUAGCUAGGGUAUUCGAGACACUUGGCUUUUAAAAGGCUCUCUGGACAGAUGGUGUUGAAUGUUCUCCAUCCUAACGCCAUAGGCUGGGGUUGCCGGUGGUUACGGUAGCACCAUUCACUCACAGUACUGUUAUUUUUAAGUCGAUGUGACAAUGUUGUCAAUCGACGUUUAUUUCAUUGUUGGAUCAAUGUGAAAGCCCUUGUACCUUCACCCUGCGGGGACAUGUGUGAUUUGCUGGUUUUUGAAAGUGUUUUUCCAUUUUUUGUAUGAACUGAUAAUCUGCUUCAAAUUAAAGGUGAGGUAUUGGUGGAAA